GUGCAGGCAGAGCGUGUGUUUAAGGAAGAGAGAGAGAGAGAGAGAGGCGGAGGGAGGAGCUGCUGGUCAGUUUGAUACAGACCUUCACACACACCGGAGGACACAGUCGCGGCUGAAUUAAACUGAACCGUCCAAUCAGAGCCACCAACAUGAAGACAAGUGUGUGUGUGUUGUGACGUGCAUGUGCGAGUAUGAGUGUGUGCAGUGUUAAAGCAGUGUGAAUGUGAGUGAGGUGUGAUGAUGUUCACCAUGUCUGAGGACGAGAAGAUUAACUGCACCAUCAGCCAUGAGAUCCACCAGUACCUGUUCUCCUGUGUGUACAUCCUCGUCCUGUUGAUCGGCGUUCCCUCCAACUUGUACUCUUUGUACCACGCUGCUCAGCAGCUGAAGCAGAAGAACGAGCUGGGAGUGUAUUUAAUAAACCUCACUGUGUCUGACCUGUUGUAUCUGGCGUCAUUACCACUGUGGCUGCAGUACAUCUUCCUGGAUGAUGACUGGCAGCACAGGGAGUGGCUGUGUCAGCUCUGUGGUUUCCUGCUCUACGAGAACAUUUACAUCAGCAUCGGGUUCCUGUGCUGCAUCAGUCUGGAUCGUUACCUGGCUGUCGUCUACCCCUUAAGGUUCACGUCUCUGCGCUCUAUGAAUGCAGCGUGGCUCGUUAGCGCCAUCAUCUGGCUGAAAGAGAUCGCAGUGGGUGUGGUUUUCUUCCGCCAUAAAGAGCUGAGCCAAGACCGCAAGAACCAAUCAGUGUGCUUCGAGCACUACCCCAUGAGGCCGUGGGAGUAUCCGAUCAACUACUACCGCUUCACUGUCGGCUUCAUGUUCCCGCUGGCCAUCCUCUCAAUCAGUUACCUGUGUGUCCUUCGUGCCGUGGGUCGGAGUGCCGGGACACAGCCGGAUCAGAAGACGAGGAUCAGGCAGCUGGUCAGCAGCACCAUCCUCAUCUUCCUCGUCUGCUUCUCUCCGUACCACGUCUUCCUGUUAGUGCGCACCCUGCUGGAGCGGGACUGCAACUUCAUCACAGGAAUAUUUAACUACUACCACCUGUCGUUGUUGCUGACCAGCCUGAACUGCGUGGCUGACCCCGCCCUGUACUGCUUCGUAAGCGAAAGCGCUCGCCGCGGCCUGUACCGAGCCGUGUUCCGACCCGUCACCAAGAUACUGUGCUGCUGUUGGCGCCGCGGCAAUGCCAGCCCAGGGAACCCGGCCACCGACUCCCACGAGGUCGCCACCGACGAGAACAAUGGCCAGCCGACCGUGAUGUUGCUCACACACACCAACACGCUGAACAACCUAAAGACAGACCUCGACGGAAAAAACACGAUUUUAGAAGAAAACGUGGACGGACACAAACGUGACGGGAAGCCAAGCUGUGUGAUCGCCAUGGACGAGCAGAGCCAGAAGACCCGAGAGACCGACAAGAACAGCAGCUGAGAUGAUCCAAACAGGACAAGACUGAUUCCAGACUGAGACUAAGCUAAGACUCGAAAAACCAACCACGACUAACUGACCUGUGUGUGACCGAAUGAGAGCUGACUGCCCAACACAGAUCUGUUUACAUCAUCAUCAUCAUCAUCAUCAUUAUCACAAUCAUCAUCAUCAUCAUCAUCACCAUCAUCAUCAUCAUCGUCAUCAUCAUCAUCGUCACAAUCAUCAUUAUCACCAUCAUCAUCAUCA